AUGGAGAAGCCCAUCCACAGCCAGCCCCAGCCGCCACCCAGGGAGAGUGAGAGACAGAAGCAGCAGCAGCAGCAGGAGUACCAGCAGCAGAAGUGCAUCAGUAGUAAUCGCUGUAGUACUAGCAUUAGCAGUAGCAGUUGUAAUAGUAGCAGCAGCACCUGUAGUGCCCGUUGUAGUAUCAGCAGCAGCAGCAGUAGUAAUAGCAGUAGUACUGGCAUUAGCAGUCGCAGCAAUAGUGGUAGUAACAGUAGUAGUAGCAUCAGUAGUACUAAUAGUACUAGUAGCAGCAGCAGCCGCAGUAGCAGCAGCUGUAGCAGCAGUCGUAGUGACAUCAGAAGUAAGAACAUUGAUAGUAGUAGUAGUAGCAUCACCACCAGCAGCAGCAGUAAUCACAGCACUAGUAGCAGUGGCAGUAAUUGUAGCAUCAGUAGUACUAAUACUACUACUACUAGUAGUAGUAGUAGUAGCAGCAGCCACAGUAGCUGUAGCAGCAGCAGCAGCAGCAGUAGUAGGGGCAUAUUCACUACCAGUAGCAGCAGUGGUAGCAGCAGUAACAACAGCAGUAAUCAUAGCACUAGUAGCAGCAGCAGUAAUUGUAGCAUCAGUAGUGCUAAUAGUAGUACUCAUCGUAGCAGCAGCAGCAGCAGUAGUGGCAUCAGUAGUAAGAACAGUAAUAGUAGCAGUAGCAGUUCCAGCAGCAGCAGCAGUUGCAGGAGCAGCAGUCAUAGCAGCAGCAGUCAUAGCAGCAGCAGUCAUAGCAGCAGCAGCAGUAGUUGCAUGAGCAGCAGUCAAAGGAGCAGCAGCAGCAGCAGCAGUACAGCAAGUACGGCAGAAGCAGGGUUCAAAUCCAAGGCUGCAAGGUGGCAGCAUAAGAGCGACAGCAAGAAGUUCGGCGGUAUCCACGCGCCGCGGGGCCGAUGCAGCUUCCAGGUCCGCCCGCGGAGUGGAAGCGUGCUUGACGGCUCGCUGUAG